AUGUCUCUGGAACAAGAGCUGCUGACCAUAAUCGACAAGGAAUUAGCACAAAACCCACGUGCAAGAGGAUUCAAAGACUUCCACAGCAAUGGCCUCCCGAUUCUAGACGAUCCUGCGGUCAUUGAGAGUUAUCGUGCUGAAGCUGAAGCACCCGAACUUAUCGACAAUGAUGUGCCCAGCAGCUUCUACACCCAUGUGCCACCGGGCUCGGCUGCGCUGUUCUCCCGGAACGGUGGUCGACGACCCUUUCGGUUCAUGCAGCAUUUCCUUCCCGAGCGUCGUGUCUUCCACUGGAGCGUUUCUCAGGUCCACUCGGUGUGCAAGUCGUUGGCCCGCAAGCAGUGGCGCGCUGUGAUGCAAGUGAAGAACAAACGACCCGAUAUCAACACACAACUCUACGAUUAUUUCGACAGUUACGACUUGUAUCACUAUGGAGCUGUGAACCUGGCCAAUGUUCUUGCUGGCAUAUCCAACAUCGAUCUCAGCAAUUUGCAGCGUGUGGAGGAUUCCUUGAAAAUAGCCCACCUGGUGUUCCCAUCACUGCCUGCCUGCCGCAACAUGACUGUGGCUUUGACUUACAACGUCUUCUGA